GAGGAGGAAGAGGAGGAGGAAGAGGAGGAAGCAGCCAUUUUACCACAAGGGACAGCCAAACUGGCUUUGCUUCUCUUGGCCAGCCCAAUGACCUUCCUCCCAUUUGCUGACCACUCCCCGGGGCUGGCCUCCCUGCUGUUCGCUCACUCACAAAACAGCCAGCUGGACAGCUCUGAGGAAGCAAACUCAGGCUCUUCCUCGGGCCUCUAGCUGGGUGCUGGCCUGUACUUCAACAGAGAGAAAGCGCUCUUGGGAGAACAGGUGCAGAGAACCUCAGCCAUGUUGGCCUCCUUGUUCUAUGGCUUGCUACUGGCGGCCUCUGUCACUUGGACCACGUCAGAUCCGGGGGAGUCCAGCGUUGACUUAGCAGACAUGCUUGACCCGGUUGAGAAGAUAGACAGGCUUAACCUGGUUGAGAAGAUAGGCGACACGCAUGCCAAAGUGCUGGAGAUCUGGAUGGAGCUAGGACGACGACGACGGGAGGCAGAUGCCGCUGAGAUGCAUGCAAUCUGCAGGGUACAGCCAUCAGCCACGCUGCCACCAGAUCAGCCGCAGAUCACUGGCUUGGUCCUCUUCCGGCAGCUGGGGCCCGGCUCCAGGCUUGAGGCCUACUUCAAUCUGGAGGGCUUCCCAGUCGAGCAGAACGCCUCCAACCGCGCCAUCCACGUGCAUGAGUUCGGGGACCUGAGCCAGGGCUGCGAUUCCACCGGGCCGCACUACAACCCGCUGGAGGUGCCGCACCCGCAGCACCCGGGCGACUUCGGCAACUUCGCGGUGCGCAACGGCCAGCUCUGGAGGCAUCGCGUCGGCCUGACCGCGUCGCUGGCCGGACCGCACUCGAUCUUGGGCCGCGCUGUGGUGGUCCACGCCGGCGAGGACGACCUGGGUAAAGGUGGCAAUCAGGCCAGCCUGCAGAACGGCAACGCAGGUCGCCGGCUCGCCUGCUGCGUGGUAGGCACCAGCAGCUCCGCCGCCUGGGAGAGCCAGACAAAGGAGCGCAAGAAGCGGCGGCGGGAGAGCGAAUGCAAGACCGCUUAAGCCUCACUCAGGGUCUCCGAGCCCAGCCGCUGCACGCAUAGAUGUCUCCAGGCGCCCCCAGACGCCUCUAGUCACCCCCCAGAGACUUCCGGGCGUCCUAGACAGAGGCCUCCCAGACACCUCAGUCGCCUCAGCGCGCCCCACAAGCUUCCAUGCACCCCAGAUGCCUUCACAAACCUCCGCGCGCUCCAGAUGCCCCCCCCCCCCGUGCCCCGGACACCGUUCCUGUGUCCAGGACACCUUAGGUAACCCAGAAAUCCUUUCACGCUCUUUGCAAUUCCACAGACCCAGAUCCUUCAUGCUCUAGAUCCACCCCGAGCCCCUUUGUGUCCCAAGACAAUCCCACAAGCCCCUAGUCUUUGAGUCUGCUCUCAGAGAACUCCCUCUUUCUCCCCAGAGAUCGCAUGUGCUCAGACACUCUCCUACUCUGAGGACUUCCCAGUUCGCACCUUUGAGAGUACUCCCUUGGGGUAUACUGAAAUAUCGCCCACCCCAUUUCUUCUUGCCCCCUUUUGUUUUCUUCCUGUCCCCAUAGCACCCGAGACUCCUCUCUUCCCUAGAGACCUCUUUUUUUUUUCUUCCCUUUGUUCCUCCAAGGCGCCCUGGGACCACUCUGACACCCUCGCCCCCACCCCCAAGUGCCAUGUUCCUGAUCAUCUCCUGGGGGAGGGGGGCAGGUUCUGUUUUCAUCUGUUUCCCAUAUGGUGCCUGCACCCCAGGGAGAGACGCUCCUUAGAGAGAGUAUUUGGGAACCUUGAUGUUGCUCAUUAAAAACAUAGCAAUUCACAACACAA